AUGUCUGACGACGAUGAUUUCAUGCACGACUCUGAUGAGGAGUACGACUUUGAAUACGAAGAUGCGGAUGACGACGAGACAGGAGACAUCGGAAUAGAGAAUAAAUACUACAAUGCCAAACAGAUCAAGGUUGAUAAUCCGGAGGAGGCCAUUGAUGAAUUCUUGGGAGUACCUGCUCUGGAACAGGACAAAGGAGACUGGGGGUUUAAAGGACUGAAGCAGGCGAUUAAGCUGGAGUUUAAACUCGGGAGAUAUAGCGAUGCCGUUGAACACUACAGGGAACUCUUAACAUAUGUCAAGUCGGCAGUAACGCGAAACUACUCGGAAAAGUCAAUAAACAACAUGCUCGAUUAUAUCGAAAAGGGAUCAGAUGACGACAAGGCGUACCAAUGCAUGGAAGAAUUCUAUUCUCUCACCCUCUACUCCUUCCAGAACACAAACAACGAGCGACUAUGGCUUAAGACGAAUAUUAAAUUGGCCCGCCUGUGGUUAGAACGAAAGGAAUAUGGCCAGUUGAGCAAAAAAGUCCGGGAGUUACACCGGGCUUGUCAGAGGGAAGAUGGUUCGGAUGACCCCAGCAAGGGCACAUAUCUACUGGAAUUAUACGCGCUAGAGAUUCAAAUGUACGCCGAGACGAAGAACAACAAGCGAUUAAAGGCCCUCUACCAGCGCGCUCUCCGCGUGCGGUCGGCGGUACCCCACCCUAAGAUCAUGGGGAUUAUCCGAGAAUGCGGAGGCAAGAUGCACAUGAGCGAGGAGAACUGGGAAGAGGCACAGAGUGACUUUUUCGAGUCCUUCCGGAACUACGACGAGGCGGGCUCGAUGCAACGGAUCCAGGUUCUCAAGUAUCUCGUGCUGACCACCAUGCUGAUGAAAUCGGAUAUCAAUCCCUUCCAUUCGCAAGAAACGAAGCCGUACAAGAACGACCCCCGCAUCUCUGCUAUGACUGACCUGGUGGAUGCUUUCCAGAGGGAUGAUAUUCACGCAUACGAAGCUGUCCUAAGUAAGAACCCGGACGUUCUGGCCGACCCAUUCAUAGCAGAAAACAUUGAUGAGGUCAGCCGGAAUAUGCGGACCAAGGCCAUUCUUAAAUUGAUCGCGCCGUACACCCGGUUCACGCUCAGCUUCAUCUCAAAACACAUUAAGAUUUCGGUCACAGAAGCACAAGACAUCCUGAGCUUCCUAAUCCUCGACAAGAAACUAAACGCCAAGAUCGAUCAGGAAAGUGGCACAGUUGUGGUUGAAAGUGCAAGCGACGUGGACCGACUUCGGGCCCUGGAGGAGUGGAACGAAUCCCUACGAGCGCUCUGGCGAGUGACUUUGAACGAUGGCGAUGGAUUCAAAAACGACGAUGUUUCGCAGAUGACCGGCAUGGGGUUGAGAGGGCCCUCAAUCUACCAAUCGGCCUUUGACGAUGAUGUUGCUCCUGCGGGUCUCCUACGUGCCGGCGGCCACCGAUUCCGGAGAGGGGGGAAGGGCAGCAAAGCAGGACAUGGUGUCAAGGCUGGUGGCUCGGGGCUGUUUUAG